AUGAACAAUACCUUGGACAUUAUUACAGGUAGCAAACUGGGAAAACGCCACAUAGUCGAGGAUAUCCUUGGAGAGGGCGGCUUUGGCGUUGUGGCAAAAUGCCAAAACAUGUGCACCGGUAGGACUGAGGCAGUUAAGGUCAACAGGUGUGAACCUGACGAUAUGUAUCAGGCCUUUGUGGAAAUUUCCCUCCUGAAGCGACUGCGGUGUCUCAAUGCAGACACUUGCAACAUCGUGGAGUGGAAUGGGUAUUUCUUUCACGAAGAAAACAUCUGUAUGACCUUUGAAGUACUGGAUGUAAGUUUGGACACGUACCUGACGCAGAGAGGAAACCCAGGUCUUCCGGUCACAGAGAUCCGGCCAGUGUUACACCAGGUGGCCACAGCUCUGUCGCACCUGCACUCUAUCGGUGUGGUGCACUUGGACCUGAAACCUGAGAACAUCAUGGUUGUUGAUCGCACUCAGCAGCCAGUCAGGGUCAAAAUUAUUGACUUUGGUCUGUCAGGUCUGCUGUCAGAGAUCAAACAGGGUCUGCGUCAAGGGUCCACCUGGUACAUGGCACCAGAGAUGAUCCUUGCUGCCCCAUUAAAUGAGACCCUUGACAUGUGGUCUCUUGGGGUCAUAGCGGCGGAGUUGGCCAUGGGGUGCCCUCUUUACCCGGGAAACAUAGACUACGAUGUCCUCAGUUACAUCGUAGAAACCCAGGGUCAGCCACCAGACGACGUUCUGGACAGAGGGACGUGGACUCCUCUAUUCUUCCAUCGCCAAAGAAAGAAGCGUCCGCUCUGGAGAAUUAAGUCUCCAGAGGAGUUCCACCAUGACAGUGGAUGUCAUCCAGAGGGCAGGAGGAACAGCAGACUCAGCUGUCUGGAUGAUAUAGGACACAGAAUGGCGAGACAAGCUGGACACCACAGUGAUCAGCAGACACUGCUCAGCUUAAUCAAGAGCAUGUUGCAUCUCGAUGCUGGUCAGAGAGUGAAGGCGAGGGAGGCUUUACAGCAUCCCUUCUUUGCUCCUGGUGUCCAGCGUAAAGAGGAUGCCCAAACUGUGGACCUCAGUGAAGUAAGAGUCCAACAUCCAGGUCCCUCCCUGUCUCCUAUAUUGGAGGAAGACAGUGAGGAGGAUGCCCAGCCAGAGGACAGUGGCAGGGAAGGAGUCCCCCAACACCAUGUCCAACCUCCAGCUCUGUCAGUGUCGACAACAUUGAGGGAGAAGCGCGGAGGGAGCAUCGGUGCCAAAAAAAGCCAGCAAAUCCGGCUUCCAGCUCCAGCUUUGUCCACUGUACUGGAAGAAGAUACUGAAGAGGACAACCGACGAGGGGACAGCGGCACUGUAACAGUGGACAUAGAAAAUCUAGUCCGAUGUUCAACAUUGUCGUCCACCUCUUCAGACGAGAGACCUCCAGAAGACUUCAAACCUGAGGAAGAUGACAGGCAGGAUGGCUGGAUGAGGCGCACCAUUAACACAAUCAGGGAUGCCUUCAGGCGCCUCCUCUCUUAG